UGAGCAUUGUUGUUGGGGCGCUUUGGCUGAUAAUGUGUGCUUCGCCAAGCUUCCUGGAAGAAAGAAGAUUGAUUCAUGAACAAUCGGAGAGUGUUGAACGUGAUCCUCUUAGUUCAUUGAAGGAAGUGAGGAUGAAAGUCUUGCUCUAGUACCGUCAUGUUCUCAUCUCACCGCACCAGGUCGAAUCUGCGGGUUUUCGGCGGCUCCAGUCAUCCGCAAUUGACGAGCGCCGUGGCCAAGAAAGUGGGGGUCCGGGUGGGUCUCACCAAAUUGGCCAAGUUUGCCAACCAAGAGACGCAAGUCGAGCUCAAGGAAAAUGUGCGCGGUCAGGACACGUAUAUUCUCCAAACCGGGGGUGGUGAAUCGCCCAAUGACAGCCUCAUGGAGUUGCUAUUCCUCAUUAACGCGUGCAAGCUGUCGGCAGCGGGUGAGAUCACGGUCAUCACGCCGUAUUACCCGUACAGCAAGGGUGAUCAGAAGGCGGGACAUCGUGUUCCGAUUGCCAGUAAACUGGUGGCGGACAUGAUCCACAAAGCCGGUGCCACGUACAUUAUGAUGCUCGACCCGCACACGCCUCAACUCGAGGGAUUCUUCAAUGGUCCCGUGGAUGCUCUUCUGGUGGAGCCGUUAUUUUGUGACUGGAUUCGGCACAUGAUCCCCAAUUGGGAACAAUGUGUUGUGGUCAGUCCGGAUGAAGGAGCAGUGAAAAAGUCGGUGUCAGUGGCCAAUGACCUGAAUUUGGACUUUGCUCUCAUUCAUAAUCGGCUGAAGGCUUCACGAGAAGAAAUUCGGCCCAAACGAUACGCCUCGUACCAAGGCCAUUUCAGCAAUCAGUUAAUGAUUGGACGUCCAAUUCGAUCCCGCAUGGCAUCCAAUGAAUCGGAAGAAGCGAACGACGAUGAUCCUCAAAAUGACGUCGGAAUUUGCAUCAAAGAAAGGAUUCGCCAACCUUCGAGCAGCAAAAGUGAUGCAGGCAUUGGAUGCCUCUCCGGAUCGGUCAAUGGUCGACAUGUGAUCAUGAUUGACGACAUGCUUGACACGGGGAAAACGCUCAGAUUCGCUAUGGAGGUUUUGGAACGAGAAGGAGCAGCAUCGGUACACUUUUUAGCAACACAUGGCCUCUUCUCAGCCGGUUGUGUUGACGUGGUCAAGUCUUAUGACCAAGACUUUCUCAAGGCAGUGGUUGUCACCAAUUCCAUCCCUCAAGACGAGGUCAAGAAGCUUCUACCCUCGUUGCACAUUAUUGAUGUAGCAGGUCUGAUCGCGGAAUUUGUCAGACGGCAUCAUUACAGGGAGAGUGUUUCUGUGCUCAGCCAAUUUAUGCCUAUUCGUGAUGAGCAUCAACCUGAUUUGGUGCCCGAGCGUUUGGCCAGCCUUAGGCUCGCAGAAGGCCAAGUUUCGGGUUUGAUUCCCGAUGAAGGGACCUCCUCGGCCUUUGAACCUUCGGACGCUUUGGAGGAUCCGAUUGAUGAGGAUACGCAAGGUGAACAACUGGCCGACCGACAACUAAUGAAAAUUCGGAAAGGUUUUCGGUUGAGCUCAGUGUGUUGGGAUUAAUUUGACCUAGGUAUCAAUUCGAUCGUGGACAGCAAAAGCAAUGCAUUUACAAUUGUAGACAAUUUAUUAGACUGAAAAUCAAUGUGAGAUCAAGAAUAUGUGGAUUGUUUUGGCUAGAAA